AUGAAAAGUGUCAUAGCCUUACUUAACAAAUUGAAUUAUCCUAAAAGGUAAAUUCAUCAUCUAAGGGACUUAUAGGAUGGAAUUCUAUUUGCAUAAUUGGAAGAUGAAUUCUUUCAAACCGAUAUGAAAAAAUUACUAUGGAACUAAAUAAUAAAUCGUUUGCAAAAAACAAGAAGAAAUAAUAACUUAUAAAUCAAAGAAUUUAGUGAAGACAUUGCAUUCUGUGAUAAUAAUGAAGAAUUAACUAAAUUCAUCUAAUAUUUUCUUGAAACACUUAUACAAGUGAAAAAAGAGGAAUUUAUAUCAUAUAUGACAUCAUGUCCUGAGUAUCAACAAUUAGAGAUUGCAAAUUUCAUCUAAUGUGAUUUGUAGGAAAUAAAUGGCUUAUCAGAUUAUAGCCAAUUGGAGUAUUAAUCCACUAGUGUGAUUAUAUCUCUCGAGGAAAACUUGUAUAGCAAGGAUCAUCUAAUACAAUAACAAAAUAAAUAGAUCGAAUAAAUGAAAUCAGAUUAUCAAAAUAUAUUCAUUGAAAUGCAAAGUAAAAUUAUGGAAUAUAAGGAAAUUAUUGAUUAAUUGACUUACUAAAUUAACUUUUUUUUAGAUAAGGUCAUUUGUAAUGAUUUUGAGGAAGCUUGGCUUAAAUUUGAAGAGUUUAUCAAAGAUUAAGAAAAAAAUAAGGAAUAGAUUGAAUAUCUUAAUAAUUUAGUGGAAACUCAAUAAAAAGAAGUAUCAAAAAAAAAGAGAAAAAAUCAAAAAUAAAAGUCUCAAUUGUCAUCCAAUUAACCUACAGAAAGAGCAUUAGAUUAUGAAAUACCAGAUUCUAAAGAUAAUUCUGAAAUUAGAACAGUUGAACUCCUUAAAAAAGAAAUCUAAGUUUUGAAAGAAGAAAAUAAAAAACUUGUGGGUAGAAAAUCACAAUAUGAAUAAGAUAUAGGUAAAUUAAAAAAAAAACUUUACGAAUAUGAGUAGGAAUCAACUUAAUAUAAAAAGAAGAUGGAAAAAUACAAAUUAGAAUUAGAGGAAUAUUUAAAUUCUAAUUAAUAAGAUAAAAGAAGUUAAAUAGAAAAUCUAAGAACAUAAGGAUUAUUAUCUUCUAAUAAUAGUCAGAUUUUAGAUAUAGAAUAAAAAUUUUGGGUGUCACCAAAGUCAAAUUGUUUUGACUUUAAUUAAUCCUUAAUUAAAUUGGAUCAUCAACCAAGCAUAAUUAAUUAAUCUUUUAAAAAUUCCGAUGAAAUUACAAUAGCUAAGCUUUAGUAACAAAUAGCGGAGAAGAACACUAGAAUUUCUAAUUUGGAAAGAUAAGUCAACUCAAUUUAGCAUGGUUUCCAUUCGAGAGGAAAUUCUUUGACGAAGGUUAAUCAAUAUCCAUAAGAUAGGCAUAUUGAUAAUUUUACUAUGUAAGAAAAUUAUAGAUUUUUUGCCCAAUAUUCUAAAGAAAAAGACAAAGAAUUAAAGGAAAUUAAGAAAUAAUAAAAUGAGAAUUUCUUGUUAAUAUGCAAGCAAUUAAUAAAAUAAAAUGAAUAAAUGGAGAAAAUGAAUUCUCUAAUUUUUUAACUAUAAAAUGAAGAAUAGAUAAAAGAAGAUGAUAAAAGUCAAAGCGAAGAUGUCUAAAGCUUACAUCAAUAUUAUCUUUAAGCACUAAGUGAUAAAGAUGAAUUAUUACAAUUAAUCACUUCAAUCUUCUAUGAAAAUGUUAAAAUUUGA